AUGGCUCUCAAGCGCAUCAACAAGGAAUUGAUUGACCUCGGCCGCGACCCACCCUCUUCCUGCAGCGCAGGUCCGACGGGCGAUAACAUGUUCCAGUGGCAAGCAACUAUCAUGGGCCCAGGGGACUCACCUUACGCAGGCGGCGUGUUCUUCCUAUCUAUCACGUUCCCUACAGACUACCCCUUCAAGCCUCCCAAGGUUAGCUUCACAACGAAGAUCUACCACCCGAACAUCAAUGCGAAUGGCUCGAUCUGUCUCGAUAUCUUGAGGGACCAGUGGUCCCCGGCAUUAACGAUUUCGAAAGUGCUACUUUCGAUCUGUUCGAUGUUGACGGACCCGAACCCUGAUGACCCUCUCGUGCCCGACAUUGCGCAUCUGUACAAGACAGAUCGCACUCGUUACGAGGCAACCGCCCGGGAGUGGACACGGAAGUACGCCAUGUAA